AUGACUUCUUUUCAUCAGGGAUAUAACAUGGUGACUUCAAAGUUCAUUAUGAGUGAAUCUCCUAUCAUUAUCCCCCAGCAGACUAAGCUUCCCUUGACAAAAGGAGAAGUCACAGUCCUUAGGGCUCAACUGGAAGACUGGAGGUCUGUGAAAGGUAAACAGAGAGCACUUGUUUUGAAUGCCAUACACAAGGAAGCUGGCCUCCAAGCUCCCAUCCAGGAAAAAGUCAUAUUGAAAUCCCGGAAAAAGACUUACAAGGAGUGGUUGUUCAACCAAUGUCGAUGGAAAGGAGUUCCAAAGCCUCUUAUCAAGUAUGGCAGGAGAUGGACAGAACAGACUGGAGAAACUCUUGGGAGUGAGCAGAUGAUUGUGAAGUGGCCCAAGGCUACCAAGACUAUCCUUGCAGGUCUGUCGGCAGAGGAGAAAGAGGAGGCAAAUGCAAUUGCAGAGAAGUGGAACAAUGAGGCUGCUCCACCUGAAGUCCAGGCCAAUGUCGCCAAGACCAAAGGUGCCGACAUGAUAGAGCAUUUUGCCACUGAAAUGUUCAAGGAAGCAGGAAUGAGGGUCUUUGUUUUAUCAGCAUGGCAGGAUGGCAGAGGCAAGCUAAUGGUGGGAGGAAUUCAUCGGCGUCCUCAUAAGAAUGAAUGCUCAGAUACUACUGAAGAUCAGGAUGUUCCUCAGAUUGUCAUGUCUAAGAAAAGAGGCCCCCAGAAGCUCAUUGAACUGGAGGAAGACGACGAUGGGUGGCCGAUGCUCCCUGAGACAGCCAGCUGGAAACGCGAUGAUCAACAGCAU